GGCCCCAUCGGCAGGAAUCCGGGGCUGCUUGCGCUGAUAAGAUGCCUUCCUGUAUAUAAGUAGCUAGGCGACAUCGCACUAGGGCGCAGGGACAGCUAGGAAGCCAGAGCUUCACCUACCCCAGUCAGACCUCCAGGCCAAGUCGCUCGCCGUGCAGUCCAAAGCGCGAGCCGUGAGCUUCUAUCCCAAGACCCCUCACACCGCCCGGAUCGCCUCGUUAUAUCCACAAUGAAGCUCGCGAUGCUCCGCGCCUCGGCCCUGGUCGCCAUCAUGGGCGCGGCGGCCGGCGCCCCGGCCACCAAGUGCAACUCGACGGGGCCCUCGACCCCGGCGACGACGCUGCAACACUGGCCGUCGGCGGCGGCGUCGGCGCUCGACGCCAUGAUCCGACGGCACGCGCACAGCGGCGCCUACGCCGUCUUCGACAUGGACAACACGGCGUACCGCUUCGAUCUCGAGGAGUCGCUGCUGCCGUACCUCGAGUCGCGCGGCGUGCUGACGCGCGCCGGGCUCGACCCGUCGCUGCGCAUCAUCCCCUUUGCCGACUCGGAGUCCCACUCCGAGUCGCUCUACAGUUACUACCUGCGGCUGUGCGCCGUCGACGACGCCGUCUGCUACCCCUGGGUCGCCCAGGUCUUCUCGGGCAUUCCGCUGCGCGAGCUCAAGGCCCACGUGGACGAGCUCAUGGCGCUCGAGGGCACCGUGGCCACGACCGUGACGGCCGACAACGGCACCGUGGUGCCCGUCGAGGUCAGCCCGCCGCGGCCGUUCCGGGGCCAGCAGGAGCUGUUCGGCCGGCUGAUGGACAACGGCAUCGCCGUAUACGUCAUGACGGCCGCGUCCGAGGAGCUGGUGCGCAUGGUGGCGUCGGACCCGCGCUACGGCUACAACGUGCCGGCGCAGAACGUGGUCGGCGUCACCAUGCUGAUGACCAACCUGACGGACCCGGCCGCGCCGCCCACGACGUCGCGCAAGCAGAUCGCCGAGGGGAGAUACGACCAAGCGGCCAACCUGCGCGACAUGCAGAUGACGCCGUACCUGUGGACGCCCGCCACGUGGAAGGCCGGCAAGCACGCGGCCAUCCUGACUUAUAUCGACGAGUGGCGCAUGCCCGUGCUCGUGGCGGGCGACACGCCCGACGGCGACGGGUACAUGCUGUUCCACGCCACCGACGUGAAGCAAGGGGGCGUCCGGGUGUGGGUGAACCGCAAGGAGAGCUCCAUGAAGAAGCUGCAGGGCAUGAUCGACACCAACACGAGGCGGCAGACGGAGCUGGGGCUGGAGGUCACGGCGAACAAGAAUUGGGUCAUCGUGAAGCCUGAGGAGAUCUUGUAAUAUAUGCCUAAUUAAACGAGCUGCUUUGUGAUGAAUCUUGAUGAACAUACCGAUAGAGCUGGCACCUCGUGCCAUCCCCUUUAUUUCCAGACGUUGAUACAAUGACCAG